CGCGAUUCGCGGAGGAUCCGGGACACCUGUAAGAUCAGUGAUACCUCCGAUCAGAAUCGUUCGAGGCCCGAGUGAUCUGUUGACGAAUCUGUUAUUCGAUCGGUCCCGUCUGGUCGCUUCGCUCGGUUUGCCCGCGAGCUGUUCCUCUCGCGCGCAAUCACGUAUCCGUGGUUCUCUCGGGCCGGCGAGCAUCGUUGCCUUAGUUGCGGGCUUGCGCUGCAAUCGCAUCGAGCGGCCAACAGCUUGAACAGUGCUUCAGCAGCUCUCGGGGCCGAAUGGUUGACUACGGCGAUCCUUGAUCCGGCCGCUUUUUCUCUCUUUCUCUCCCUCCGGGUUCUCACGAGCACCCUGAGCGCCGCCCGGUCGCGUGCAAUCUACCACCGGUGACCGCGAGGAGGACCCCGCCGUCUCUCUGCUCGUUGAAGGAUACCGAGAUUGCCCUGCAAGGAUAUUACCGAUUGCCAACAUGAGCCGCGCACACGUCUUCGCAGUUUGCCUCCUGUUCAUUCUCAAUUUUUAUGGUAUCCACGCCAUUCAAUGUUACUUGUGUAACAGUCACAACGACAGCCGAUGUUCCGACGAAACGCCGCCGGAUGCCCUUAAAAGAGAUUGCUCCGAACUGAAGAACGGCGCGAAAUACACGAUGUGCCGAAAGAUUACGCAAGUCAUCGAGUUUAGCGUUAAUGGACUUCCAGCUGACACUCGUGUAAUAAGGAGCUGCGGAUGGGUCGAGACCAGCUACAAAGGGAAGUGCUACCAGCGCAGCGGCUUCGGCGGCCGCCAGGAGGUUUGCUCAUGUUUGACAGACUACUGCAACGCUGCCACGCCGGUCGUCCCGCCGGCGAAGUCGCUGAUCCUACUUUGUGUUCUGGGCAGCGUUCUGCUAGCAUUCAUCCGUAACUAGACCUAAGAGAAGUUUACCAUGCUCCCGAACAAUCGACGAAAGAGAUACGUUCGAGAUCGUUAGUACACCAGCAGACAGCUUCGAACCUUGCAUACUCGAGAAACAAGAAGGGAACGGACUGGCAGACAGAUCGACGGAUACCAAAGAGAGAGAGAGAGAGAGAGAGAGAGAGAGAGAGAGAGAGAGAGAUGAUAUCGACGCUCGUCGUACCCUUGAUCUCUCGCCUCGCAGAUAAAGAGAGGAUCGCGAAGACGAGGGAAGGCCACUUUCGAAGUGCAAAACUAAUCCGCAUCUAAACUAUAGAGAAUCUUUUCUUUCCGUUUACAUUCCGACAAUCGAACCACGCUAGCGAUCUCGAAGCAAUCGAGGGAACGGAGGAUCCACGAACGGAGCCGGCGUUUUAUUCGACGUAACUCUAGAGAGCCGGGCUCUUGCAGCCUCCUCCUGUCCGUUGGUUAACGAUUAUCGUAGCUUUAGAGAAAACCGUGCACGCUGUUCCUGGUUCGCGCACUAACGGGACUAAACAAAAUUUUACUCUUUCGCGAACACGAGAUUCGAAUCGUUAAGGGAACAAUCGAAACACAUACGCGCGAAACAAUGGCGAUGAAAAAGUGGUUACAAAGCUGCGUGCUGCGCCAAGAGGAAAUCGUACAAACGCGCGAGCGCGCGUGAAAAAGAAAGACAAAAUGAAAAGCGAAAUUUUGUCGUUUAUACCGAGAGAUGUUCGUUCGUGCAUCGUCGCUAGUCCAUUACGCGUUCACGGUUCGUGUUCCGACGUCUUCGUUUAGGGAAAACGGGCCGAGUAGAUUGUUCAGGGACUCACCGUUUUCGCGACGGCGAACCGUGCAGGAAUUCAGGAACAGUCACAUUUUUUCGUACUUUUUGCAAAUGCGCGCCGGCGAUCAUCCGUCGGCCGCGUCUCUAUGUAACUCUUUUAUCGGAAAUUUUCAACUUGUAGGUGCUGAAAGUGUGGCGUCGGUGUCACAUUGUGUUCAUUCGACGAUUUUUCUGCAUAGAGCUUAAGAAUGAUAAAUACGUACGCAACGAUUGCGCAACUUGUUGAUGAUAUCUUGUUGUAAACUGUAUUCGCGUGAACAACAUCUGUACAAUAUGUUUUUUUGUGCGAAACGAGGAAAAUAUAUCAAAGUUGUCGUUGCGGAGA